AUGCUCGCCAAAUCCAUGCUUGUGGCCAUGCUGGGCGCCUCUAUGGCCCAAGCCCAUAUGAUCAUGACCAACCCUGUUCCCUACGGCAAGGACUCUCUCACCAACGCCCCUCUCGCUGCGGAUGGCAGUGACUUUCCCUGCAAGCUGCGCUCCGGUGCUUUCACUGUCAGCAAGGAGAAUGUUAUGACUAUCGGCGAGAGCCAGAACAUGACUUUCCAGGGCAGUGCUACUCACGGCGGUGGUUCGUGCCAGAUCAGUCUGACCAGUGACCGCGAGCCUACUAAGGACAGCACAUGGAAGGUCAUCAAGUCUUUUGAGGGAGGCUGUCCCGCCAAUGUUGAUGGUAACAUGUCCGGUGGCUCCACCAUGGCCGACCCAUUUGAAUUCGAGUUCUCUAUUCCCGAUGGGAUCGCGCCUGGCAAGUACACUCUUGCCUGGACUUGGCUCAACCGCAUUGGCAACCGGGAGUUCUACAUGAACUGCGCUCCUCUUACCGUCCAGGGAGGUUCCUCCAAGCGAUCCGAGAUCGAAGAGCAGGAGUUCGAGAAGCGCUCCAGCAACUUCCCUCCUAUGUUUGUUGCCAACAUCAACGGUUGCACCACCAAGGAGGGUGUCGAUAUCCGUUUCCCCAACCCCGGUGACGAUGUUCAGUACCUCGGGCAACCCGCCAACCUUGCUCCUGAGGGCUCCCCUGCUUGCACUGGUACUCCAACUUUCGCUGGUGCCGGUAACACCCCUGGUGGGUCUAGCUCUGGCUCUGGCUCUGGCUCUGGCUCUGGCUCUGGCUCUGGCUCUGGCUCUGGCUCUGGCUCUAGCCCUUCAUCUGUUGCCCCAGCCGCCACCUCUAGCGUUGCCCCUGUUCCAGUGACAAGCAGCGCUCCUGCCCCUGCCGAGACCACCGCUCCUGCUCCUGCUGCUCCCCAGCCUGCCACGACCUCUGCCCCUGCUUCGCCCUCAUUUACCGGCUCCUCCGCCGCCGGUGCCAUGAGCGGCCCCUGCAGUGACGAAGGUGCUUGGAACUGCGUCAGCGGUUCUUCUUUCCAGCGCUGUGCCAGCGGCCAGUGGACUAGCCCCCAGCAGAUGGCUUCCGGCACCAUUUGUACCGCUGGUCAGAGCUCUGAGCUGUCUGUCAAAGCAGCCGUUGGUGCUCGCGCUGCCUCUGAGAUGCGUUUCCGCAAGCGCAUCAUUGGUGGCUCCCACCACGCAUAA